UUUCCCGGCUCGGAGUCGGCCCUCCUCCCUUCCCUGAGAGUCAGUGCAGCCGGGGCUCGGGCUAGCUCCCCAGAGCCGCUGCUGAAGUAGGAACCGCCUGCCCUGCAGAGAGGCGCCGCCGCCUCCUCACACGGAGACAUGUAUCCAGGAGCAGCAGCUGCCGCCGCCGCUUCCUCCUCCUCCACCUCCCCUGGACCCGUACUUGCACCUCCUCCACCAUUGCCACCACCAAUACAGGGAUAUGCCUUUAAACCUCCUCCUCGACCAGAUUUUGGUACAUCUGGAAGAACAAUCAAACUACAGGCCAACUUCUUUGAAAUGGACAUUCCUAAAAUUGAUAUCUACCAUUAUGAAUUGGAUAUAAAGCCAGAGAAAUGCCCUAGAAGAGUUAACCGAGAAAUAGUUGAGCAUAUGGUCCAGCACUUUAAAACACAGAUCUUUGGGGAUCGUAAACCAGUAUUUGAUGGAAGAAAAAACCUAUAUACAGCUAUGCCACUUCCUAUUGGGAGGGAUAAAGUGGAGUUGGAGGUCACACUUCCAGGAGAAGGGAAGGACAGAAUAUUUAAGGUGGCUAUAAAAUGGAUGUCCUGUGUGAGUCUGCAGGCUUUACAUGAUGCUCUUUCUGGUCGGCUGCCAAGUGUUCCUUUUGAAACUAUCCAGGCACUGGAUGUAGUGAUGAGGCAUUUGCCUUCCAUGAGGUAUACUCCUGUUGGCCGGUCUUUUUUUACGGCAUCUGAAGGCUGCUCAAACCCUUUGGGUGGUGGCAGAGAAGUUUGGUUUGGGUUCCAUCAAUCAGUCAGACCUUCACUCUGGAAAAUGAUGCUUAAUAUUGAUGUGUCUGCAACAGCAUUUUAUAAGGCACAGCCAGUAAUUGAGUUUGUAUGUGAAGUUUUGGAUUUCAAGAGUAUUGAAGAGCAACAGAAACCUCUCACAGAUUCCCAAAGGGUAAAGUUUACCAAAGAAAUAAAAGGUCUAAAGGUGGAGAUAACACACUGUGGGCAAAUGAAGAGAAAAUACCGAGUGUGCAAUGUCACCAGACGGCCAGCAAGUCACCAAACAUUCCCACUUCAGCAGGAGAGUGGACAAACAGUUGAAUGCACUGUAGCUCAAUAUUUUAAGGACAGGCACAAGUUGGUUCUACGCUAUCCUCAUCUUCCAUGUUUACAAGUUGGACAGGAACAGAAACAUACAUACCUUCCUCUUGAGGUGUGCAACAUAGUGGCAGGACAGAGGUGUAUAAAGAAGCUGACUGACAAUCAAACUUCCACUAUGAUACGGGCAACUGCCAGAUCAGCACCUGACCGUCAAGAAGAGAUUAGCAAAUUGAUGCGAAGUGCAAGUUUUAAUACUGAUCCUUAUGUUCGUGAAUUUGGAAUAAUGGUCAAAGAUGAAAUGACUGAUGUGACUGGGAGAGUCCUACAACCUCCCUCAAUCCUGUAUGGAGGCAGAAAUAAAGCAAUUGCUACACCAGUUCAAGGGGUUUGGGAUAUGAGGAAUAAACAGUUUCACACUGGAAUUGAAAUUAAGGUCUGGGCAAUUGCCUGCUUCGCUCCCCAGCGACAGUGCACUGAAGUUCAUCUUAAGUCCUUCACAGAACAACUGAGGAAGAUAUCAAGAGAUGCAGGAAUGCCAAUCCAGGGGCAGCCAUGUUUCUGUAAAUAUGCCCAGGGUGCAGAUAGUGUGGAACCUAUGUUCAGACAUCUAAAGAACACCUAUGCUGGGCUACAGCUUGUGGUAGUCAUUCUGCCAGGGAAGACUCCAGUUUAUGCGGAAGUAAAGCGUGUUGGUGACACUGUGCUGGGGAUGGCUACACAGUGUGUUCAGAUGAAAAAUGUGCAAAGAACAACACCACAAACUCUGUCCAAUCUUUGUUUAAAGAUCAACGUCAAAUUAGGAGGAGUAAAUAACAUUUUACUGCCACAAGGAAGGCCUCCGGUAUUUCAGCAGCCUGUCAUAUUCCUGGGUGCAGAUGUAACUCAUCCACCGGCUGGAGAUGGAAAAAAGCCUUCCAUUGCUGCAGUUGUAGGUAGCAUGGAUGCUCACCCUAAUCGAUACUGUGCCACUGUGCGUGUCCAGCAGCAUCGUCAAGAAAUCAUCCAAGACUUGGCUGCCAUGGUCAGGGAGCUGCUUAUUCAGUUCUACAAAUCAACCAGAUUUAAACCAACUCGCAUUAUUUUCUACAGAGAUGGUGUUUCUGAGGGGCAAUUUCAACAGGUUCUCCACCAUGAAUUGCUGGCUAUCAGAGAAGCAUGUAUUAAACUAGAAAAGGACUACCAGCCUGGAAUUACAUUUAUUGUUGUGCAGAAAAGGCAUCACACCAGGCUCUUCUGUACAGACAAAAAUGAACGGGUUGGAAAAAGUGGAAACAUUCCAGCAGGUACUACAGUGGACACAAAAAUCACCCAUCCAUCAGAGUUUGACUUUUACCUUUGUAGUCAUGCUGGUAUUCAGGGAACAAGCAGACCUUCUCAUUACCAUGUCCUCUGGGAUGACAAUCGUUUCUCUUCAGAUGAACUGCAAAUUCUUACCUAUCAGCUGUGUCAUACAUAUGUACGCUGUACUCGUUCCGUCUCAAUCCCCGCACCAGCAUACUAUGCACACCUGGUUGCCUUCAGAGCCAGGUAUCAUCUGGUGGAUAAAGAACAUGAUAGUGCUGAAGGAAGCCACACUUCUGGUCAAAGUAAUGGCAGAGAUCAUCAAGCACUUGCUAAAGCAGUUCAAGUUCAUCAGGACACGUUACGUACCAUGUACUUUGCUUGACAUGUUUUAAUGUUUAGCGAUUCAGUAGAGUUGGAUUCACGUGAGACCAGCUGCACUUAGACCAACAGUUGCCCAAGCUACAAUGACAGCCAGCAAUGAGUGAUGCAUCUUUAUUUUAUUAGUUUUUUCCAUUUGCAAGAAAGCCUUCCGUCCGGAAUUUCAGACUUGAUUAUGAACUGCAGACCCGUACAAAACCCCACAGUUGUUGGAAAUGUGGUUUGCCAAAAUCUCUAAGCUGCUUGUCAGAAAACAGACCCAUAUUUUGUAGUUAAAUCAAAAGCUGUGAUCUCAGGGCUAAAAACAAAACAAAACUUUUUCAUGUAGUUUGCUAUUCAAUUUAUUUGUGUGUUAAUAAUUUGGAAAUACCUUAUUCACGUCAAAUUUGAUGGGCUCAGAUGCUGUGAGCUUGCUUUUAAAACAAAGAAAGAAAAGGAAAAGCACUACUUGGGUAUUUAUGAAGCCUUGAUCAUUCUGGAUGCAUUUACAAAAGUUUUAUUUUCAAAGUGCAAAAAGAUAAUAAUUCUGGUCCUCCACUGUCUUACAGGAUCAUUCUGUAUGUCUAAGAACAAAUGUAUUUUCUGAAAUUUGUUCUUGAAUGUCUUUUAUUGUGCUGCAUUUAAAGAUGUUUUUCAUAGACUUAUGAAAUAAUUU